AAAGCAGAUCCAUAACAGUUCCCCGAAAAGUUGUGGUCAUCUGUUCCUAAAAUACUUCAUGCUCGAAAGCGUUGAAAGGAGGCGCCUAGCACUUCUUGGUGAAGGGUUUUUCUUGGUAGGUGCGAGUUCGUGGCUGAACAUUGUACGAAAGUUCUAGGACAACGCGCUGCAUUACUUGAGUUUUGGAUUGCAACGUAAAACGUGAAGAAUAGGAGUUUGUGUUGGACACUCGGAAGUGGAGAAACAAAGUUUGUGUGUGUUACGUUACCAGCAUUCCUGUAUUUUAUGAUUAAGGGUGCUCAGUAGAAGUUACUUGAUGGCACGCUAAUUGGAAAAUAUAGGGAAGUCGGGAAGGAAAGGGACAGCCUAGAUGUGAGUGGGAGAUUGUCAAGUGUAGCAGGCAUGGCACAUGGUCUGUCAGGACAGGACAGUCUCAACAUAAGUGAUGUCAUUGAAGUCAUCCAGACAACAGACCCAGGGUUUGCAGAUGUCAGCACUUUGUUCUCUGAAACUGACAUGGAGAGCUCCAGGAAGAAGUCUGUGUAUGUUAAGAUCACCGAGCAGCCGGCGUCUAAAGCGCUGCGUUUUCGAUACGAGUGCGAAGGCAGAUCGGCCGGCAGCAUACCAGGAGUGAACAGUACCCCGGAGAACAAAACAUUUCCAACAAUUCAGAUCGUAGGCUACAAAGGUCCAGCUGUUGUUGUUGUCUCUUGCGUCACCAAAGAUACUCCAUAUCGUGCUCACCCACACAACUUAGUGGGGAAAGAGGGGUGCAAAAAGGGAAUAUGUACGACACGGAUUAAUAAUGAGGCUAUGGCUGUUUCGUUCUCAAACCUUGGCAUUCAGUGUGUCAAGAAGAAAGACAUUGAGGAGGCCCUCAAACUUCGUGAAGAAAUCAGGGUGGAUCCAUUUCGUUCUGGCUUCUCACACCGUAAUCAGCCUACUAGUAUUGACUUGAAUGCUGUUCGACUUUGCUUUCAAGUCUUCCUUGAAGAUGGAGAACGUGAUAAGUUCACAUUGCCGCUGGCACCAGUCGUAUCCGACCCCAUCUACGACAAGAAGGCGAUGUCUGAUCUUGUUAUCUGCAAGCUGAGUGACUGCUCGUGUACAGUUGCGGGAGGCAAGGAAAUAAUCCUACUUUGUGAGAAAGUUACAAAAGAGGACAUCCAACUUCAUUUCUAUGAGGAACGAGAUGGGAACAUCUUGUGGGAGGGUUUUGGUGACUUCCAGCCAACACAUGUUCACAAACAGGUCGCUAUUUCAUUUCGGACACCACGCUACAAGUCAUUAGAAGUGGAGGCUCCCAUCAAAGUGAACAUCCAGCUGCGUCGGCCGUCAGAUGGAGCGACUAGUGAACCUCUACCGUUUGAGUAUCUCCCCCUUGAUUCAGAUCCAAGUGUCUUAAAACGAAAGAGGCACAAAUAUGGAGAGAUGGGUCCUAAUACUUUACAGCAGUUAGAGGACAUGGAAAAGUUGAGGAUACAAAAGAUGCAACAUGCAGGGGGCAGUGACCAGGGUCCAAAUAUAGCGCUACCACAUCAAAUGUUGCCAGUCAUCAAGAGAGAACCAACAGAGGCAAAGCUUCCUCCACCGUACGUAUUUCAGGGAGGCAGUAGGUCACCAUAUACAGCCAUGGCAACUCCCUCUCCUCAGCCUUCUAUCUCUCCUCACAGUGUCGGCCGUACCCCUUCACCGAUGGACUACGCCGGGGCUGCACCACACUCGUACCAGGGGUUGCUGGGUUCUGUGACGUACAAUAUGCCAGCAAGGCACACUGACUUCAUGAGUGCUGGAAAAGUGACCAGGAACGUGCCUGUUGACGCAUCUGCCGGAAGUCUGGGUCUGGGUCACGUGAUUCACGGAGUGAGCGAUUUGAGUAGCGGAGGAGGAAUCGGUUUGUUCGAUAACUCUUCUGGGAUGAGCGGUAUUGUCCAUAAUGGGAUGUAUGCUGGAGUGGACAUCUUGCCAGGGAUGGCAAACGGACAUAAUUCAGGCAUGUGCGUUGUUCCAAACUCUGUAUCUGGCAUGAUUGGAAUGAACCCUCUUGGCCUGGGUUCAAUGGGUAUUGCACAAGGACUAGGCAGUGGUGCUGCUGCUGUGUCUGUGAACCUUGCUCCAGGUAUAGGACUGUCUGGAAUGAAUGUUCCAGUGACAUCAAACAUGGCUGCCUCUCAAAAUAUGGGCCAAGCAAUGACUGACAAUAGUAUAUUUGACUUAGACAAUCAGCAGCAGUUUAGUUUAGACUCUGGUGAUUUGGUGAGCAUGGGUUUAAUUGAUCCACAUCUUUCAGAAAAUCUGUCUAGCAAUCUUACCUUAUCAGAAAAUAAGCAACCAUCACACCAAGCAAAAGACAUGGCGGAACCUUCAGAGAACAUGACUGACAGUUUUACGAGCCUCACGAAAGAGAUUAGUACUCUGAAUGACAUGUGUAAGGGAAGUGGCAUGAGGGAUCACCAUUUAACAUAAGACUGAAGGUUUGUGAUGGUGUAUUGUUUCUGGACGUCAUCUGUUAUCCUGAAUUUUUGUCAUAUGAUUAGUCCCUAUUUCUGGAUAGUUGGGUCCAAUGGAGUUAGAUUUUACCUGAGGACACAGAUCCAAGGUGCCGAAACAUGUUUUUUGUAACAAAAAAUCAAGAUGAUACAUAAUGUACGGAAAGAUUAUUGUUUUGAGUGUGCAGUUCCCAUUAACACUGCUCCAGCUUACUGUAACUCAAAACUGCGGUGAAAUAUUUUUGAGACAUAAAAUUCAUCAUUAAACUCACCAAAUGCAGUUAUGGAGUUUUCAAAGCACGUCUUUGACUUCAUUCUUGAUGUUUCUGCGUGAUGGAAAUAGUUCCAUGUUAUGUAGCUGUACAUAGUUUAUUAUAUUGUUGCCAUGUAGUAGAUGUAUAUUGAAAGUUUUUGGUACAUAUUCUUACAGUUUUAUGGCAUGGUUUUUUUUAAUACACUUGUACCUGUGCAUCUGUGCGUGCUGUCUACAUGUACUGCUUAUUAACUGAUUGACAGUGAUAGAAGUGAACUCCUGAUUAUCUGUGUGCUUUUUUACGUAUAUGUAGACGCGUGUUCUAGGAUUUUUGACAUCUUUGUACGCCUUCUUCAGAGGGCAGAGGGGUUAGUUUUUGGAGAGUCUGUAGAAUAUAUGGUUGAACAGAAUGUUUUUUGGUGCUUUACAGUCAUUAUUGGUUGUAGGGCAGGGAUGUUUGUUCCAGCGGCCACAGUACUGGUGAGAGGGGAUGGAACAGGUCUGCUGGUCUUCUCCAACAUUAGGUUAGGUUAGGUUACAGUCAGUUCUUUUACAUCCGUAUUGUGCAUCACUUAUCCGAAAGUGUUGGAUAACACUUGUGGAUCCUAAGUAAAAUGGCUGGAAAAUAUUAGAACACUGUACUGACAGUAAAACAAUAGCUUGUAUUAUUUUUGAAAAAUUUGAGGUUGAAGAAUGGGCAACAGAGUUGGUCAAAAUUUAUGGGGGUAGAAAUUGAGUGAUUCUGUCCAUGAAAUGAUGCUACCGGGCUUACAUUUUUUGAACUUCUGCCAAUGAAGAUGACAGCGUGAUAGUGUUAUGAAAAAAAAGAGUGUUCAGUGAUAUUUGUGUUGUAUCUGGGGCAUGGUCUUCCAUGAAUCCACUGACACUGGUUCAGUCAUAGAGGAAGCUUCUUCCAGAGCUAGAUGAUGAUGAUGAUGAUGAUGAUUUGCGUCGUUUUCCUAACAAAGAAAUUGGCAGGUCAGAAAUUCUUGACAUUGCGUGUGCUCGUAUAAGAAGUUUGAAAGCAUCAACAAAGAAAUGUUGAAGAAUGGCUGCAGACUGACGUGUGUAAAGUGGGCUUCCAGCGCAUGACAGACAUUGUUAGUGAAGGAGAGGUAGGAGAGGAAUUGAGUGAAAUUUUUACUGCUGUGAUGAGGAGUCUAAGCAGUUUACAGAGACAGGUGAUGACUGUAAACUAUUCUUCAAAAUAAUGCCAGUUGUGUAAAAGUGGUAAAACUGUCUGUGAAGUACUGUUAAUGCACCCAAUGAAAUAUUUUGGGUUAUCUGUUUUUUAUUAUUCUUAUUAUUAUUCGCUGCUUUUAGAGGCAUCAGUUUUAAAAGCUCCAAGUUCACUCGUAUCUAGUUUGUCUGCUGUAUGUUACAGCAUUUUACCCUCUUGUUUUCUUGUAAUUGUUAGUAAUUUUACCACAACUUUGAGUUAUAUUCUACUAUUUCCUUUAUCUGGCAUAAAACAUACCACAUGUUAUCUCU